AUGGCUUGGUGUUCAGACUGUGCACGAGAAGCACAUGAAGAUGCUGCCUCAACAUUCUCGGCUGCCGUCACUGCAUGCGGCUCGCUGGUCUCUGGGAGCAACGACCGUUCUGCUGCACAAAAGGCUGUUGGUCCAACGACCGCCCAGCUGCACAGCCUCCCUGUCGAGCAGGCAUUGUCACGAUCCUCACCGUCGGAUGUCCAGGUGUUGGCCGCCCCCUCAACUCGCGAAGAAGUAACGCACGAGCUGCUGGCGAUCAGCCGGAACCAGGGCAGCGCAAUGAUGUCAGCCGGCGACUUCCGUGAGAUGGUCCGGGCUGCAACUUCUAUGAACGAGGAGGUCCGGAGCAAGCCCUCGGCGCGCUUGUCUUCAGGCAGUGGGCGUCGAAGCUUCGCGGGGCUUUUUCUGAAGGAAGCCGCGGCAGCAAAAGUCGAUGCAAUUGUUUGGCGCGGAAUCCUGCUCCUCUUGAGUUUACUGGCAAUCUGCACCGUCAGCUUCAUUGUGGCUUUUGCGGUCCUCGGGAACCAGGUCGGGGAUGAGCUGACAAUUGUGCAGCCGUGGCAGUGGGUCGGCACACCGGAGAACCUGGUUGAUGCCCUGCGCGGUCAGUGUGUAGCACUGAAGCAGCAAGCCUCGCCGCUGCUCGAAAGGAUCGAAGAAUACAAUCGUCAGCACGGCUUUCGGGAGGUUGGUUUCCUUACGCGCUCGCGGAAGCAGGCAAGAGCAAUCUUUCUGCCAAAUUCCUCCCUUUCGCCACGUGUAGUGGUUGUUCAUGGACGUCGCUCGCAUGGCCUUGCCAGCGCGGCACAGGCUGCUGGCUACUUCCUCCGGCUCUCAGGGAUCAGUGCGCUGAUCAUCGAAGAUCUUGCGGUGGCGCGCGAAAAUGCGAGUUCUUGGCUGCUGGACGAUGACACGGUUCUUGGGGCGUGGGACUAUGCGGCAGAGGACCCACAAAGUCUCCUUGGAGGUGCGCUGCCAGCCAACCAGGUAGCCGUCAUGGGUUUCGACUUCGGUGGCUUUGCCGCGCAGCGUGCUUUCCUUCGCGAGCCGCGCAUCCGAACUCUGCUGGUGGACGGAGUCGUACACGAUUUCGAGGCGCUCAUUCGGGAACAUGUUGUGCGGCUCCUGGGAAGCUGGAGCUCGACGAUGCUGAGGAAUCUACUGACACAACAGGUAAAGAGCCGCUGCGAGUUCAACCUACAGACGAGGCUCAGUGAGGCCAGUUUGAGCGGCAGCUUUGCCGAUCGGACUGUGAACAACGGCACUAGAAUCGGCAUCUUCCGCUCUGAGGAUGAUGCCGUGAUUCCUGGGGAUGAGCAGUACGACUUGCUCACCUCCGCAGUCUCCAUGAAUGGUCAAAUAGAAUCUGUCAGUUGGUCAUCGACUUAUACCGGCCCGAGCAGUGAUGCUUGCGACAAGCAGAGGGCGCUGCACCUCUCGUCCCCGACAGAAUACCAAGCGCAACUCUGCGAGUUCUUCGCGGAUGCGUUUGCACUUGGAGUUGACUGCAGGCUGCAAAUUAUGGAUCCAGAGAAUGAGUGUUUUUGUCUCUCAGUCACCGUCUCUCAUUUUUUGACAAGGGUCGGCUUGGCGCUUGGCUGUGUGCAGGUGACCGUUGGAGCUUGGCUGAGGCGGAACGCACGCACGGACGGAGGUUCGACCAAAGACCGCUUCGGGAGGCAGAUUUCUCCGGCACUCGGAGCUUUGAUAAUGAAACUCUCCAGCUGCAGCGCUUCAAACAUCUCUGGAGAUAGCUGUAGAUGCAGCUCGGAAAUUGGCCCGCAAAAAUCACGGAAACUGAAAAACCACGGGCGAGGUUUAUUGCUGUUCCCUGCAGAUUCCAGAGCCUUCAGUUUUCGAUAUCGCGGUGCUUGUAGCUUUGACCGCCGCUGGCGCUGUGUGGUCAUCAGUCUGAGGCAUCUUGAGCGAAUUAAGAUGGACUUGUGGUCUUUUGCCUGCAGGCGCCGUGCAGUCAGAGCUCAUGAUGUGGUCGUGCAGCAGGGGCACUGA